AUGGAUAUAGAUAAUCUAGAGGGAGUAAAAAUCAUCAGAUUAUUUCCAGGAAAGAGUUUUAGAUUUGCAGGAGCAUUAAGAGUAAAGGUGCUGCAAGGCCAGGUAGAGAUCUAUGGAGUUAACAUUAUAAAUAAAGCUGAAUGGCAUAGUGUGUUUUCUGACCCUAGGAAAAACAUGCUUUUGAGCAUAAAUAAUAUCAGCUAAAAUAAGGAAGUUAGAAAUUUUAAAGAUAAACUCGAUGGAAAUUUGAUAAAAAUCAAAGAGAUAAAGUAGGGAGAGUCAGUUAUAGCUAUCUAAGCAUUGAAGGAUUAUACUCUUGCUGAGUAGCAAUUCCUUUUGACGAGCAAUGAAGAACUUAAUAUAGCGAACAUUUCACUAGAUGAUUAUUAGAGCAAGAGUUUUUUCAAUCUCAAUAAUUCUUGGAGAUAGAGCUUUGAGCUUCUUGUCAAAAUCUCCAAAAAGUAAUAAUUAGUGAUAUUAGUAAAUGGUAUUCAAAAUUCAGGUAAAUCAACAUAUGUGACAGCACUGAUUAAUUAAUUAAAGUCUUUGACGAGCAACAAAACUUAUUUACUAGAUAUUGAUCCUGGUCAGCCAAUCUUUACUUUAGCUGGAGCAUUGAGUCUGAUUGAGGUAAAUGGAUUGAAUUUGAAUAAUAUUCAAACUUGUGAACAUAAAGUAAUAUCUAGCUAUUUUACGAAUAGCUCCUCUCCUAGUGGAAAUAUGAGAUAUUAUCAUGAGUGUUGUAAGUCUUUGAUAAAAACAUAUGAUAAUAUAAUUAAGACUUAAUCUGCAAAUGAAUAAAGUGUUCUUUUGAUCAAUACCCCAGGGUGGGUAGAAGGGUUAGGAGCGGACAUUCUUUUAAAAGCCACUAGUAUAAUUCAGCCAAAAAUAGUUGUAACAAUGACUAAAAAAGAUUAAGGAUUAAAAGAUAAUGAUUAUAUUGAGUAAGCAAAAAUUGCAUUUGAUUAGUUGAUGUAUGUCACUGUCGAAAAUGAUAUUAAUGAGGGAGCUAUUAAUACUAAGGGCUCAGUGUAAAGGAAUAGAAGACUUAUCAGUUCUCUGAUUGCCUAAUCCUACAAUAAGCCGUAUCUAUUUAAGCAAAAUACUUUAGAGGGAUCAAAUCAACUCCCCUUGCAAGCAUAGAAUAAUAAAGUUAAUGGUGAUGAUUACUUUUUAUCAAAGACUCAUGCUUUUGUGAUGAAUAAAUAGGUAUCUCAAUUGAUUAGUUUUACUGAUGUUAAGCUAGCCUCUUCUGAUUUACAAUUUAACUCAAAAAUAGAAAUCUUAAGAUAAUUUAAUGGGCAAAUAGUAGCUGGAAUUCAAUUGGACGAGGAAUUAGAUUAAUCAUAACUUGAGGACCUUAAGUUAGUACAGAUUGAUUUAAAGGAAAUGAAAAUAUAACCCUUGAAUCUAUCUUUCUUUGGAAUAGUAAAAGAUAUUGACUAUAAUAAAGGAAUGCAUGUGAUUUCCUAAAAUGAUGUUGAUAUUAAAUGUUGCAAAUUUAAUACUGUAAUGAUUGUAAAUGAGAAUGUUUUCAAAGUGCCUUAGUCAUAUUUGGUUUAAGAUGAUUUGAUAGAAAUUAUGAUAUGCAAUUAAGUUAACUCAUAGAUUAAAUCACUCUUUUAUGGGAAAAAUUAUUCUGAUAUUUAGUACCUGAUGCCUGAUUUUAUCACCGUGAAAAAAUGA